UGUCAGUGCAAGAAAAUGGAAGGUUACAUUUCUGUGCAGAUGCUUGAUGACUACAAGAAAAACGGAUAUGUGAAAGUAACUCAGAUGUUCAAUAAAGAAGAAAUAACGCAUAUAGAAAAGGCGAUUAUAGAUGGAAACAUCGCAUCCCAUGGAUAUGGAGCAAAGGACGGUGAAGGCGGUGCAAUGAAUAUGGUUUUAUGGUGGCAUCCCGGAAAUGACGUCACAGGAAUGGUUGCAAGGAGCAGCAGGAUCGUAACUGCUUGUGAAAAGAUUUUGGGCGAGGAAGUAUACCAUUACCAUACCAAACUUAUGAUGAAGCAGCCAAAAACGGGAGGCAAAUUCAUUUGGCACCAAGAUUACGGAUAUUGGUAUAACUUCGGAUUCCUGUUCCCAAACAUGAUGACAGUUUUCAUAGCUGUCGAUCCGUGCAAGAAAGAAAACGGAUGUCUGCAGGUAUUGAAGGGUUCCCAUUUGUGCGGAAGAAUCAACCAUAAGAAGCAAGGAUACCAAGUUGGGGCUGAUUUAGAUAGGAUUGUGGUCAUUGAAAAGUGCUGCCCUAAGGAAUACGUGGAAAUGGAUCCAGGUUGCGUGACCUCUUUGAUUUUGAGUUUUAACAGAUCGAGGACAUGCCGUACGACAUCUUAA